UUCGCGUAGUUGUGCAAUUUAUAAUUGAGCAAUUUGCCAGCGACUGAUUUAUUUGUGGAUCUCCAAAUGGGAUUAAAACGGCUUGUGUCUCUCCAAUGCAAUAUGAAUCGCUGGGAAAACAAGAUCAAAUGCACUAACACGACGGCUGCAAAGCAGCUGGUCUGAGGUUAAUAAAUCUUAAAAAAUGCAUAAAACUGUUAACCUACCUCACAUUUUUUUGUGCAAAAUCGGUUAGUGCCUCUUACCAUUUUAGGGAGUGUGACGAAUGUGUCGUACGAUACUCUUCAUACAAAUAAAUCGAGACUUAGUUCUUAAGUAGCACUUAUUCCCUCAAGUUAUAACACUGAAUGUUCCAGCACGCAAACUUUAUUCUGCACGUCUUCAUGGCCUGCGGGCUCUAUGGAGUCCGUGCAAAGGAUGUGUGUCCUCAAAUGUCAACGGAUAAGGAGGUGUGCCUUGUCGAACUAGCGCCAGUGCUCAAGUAUAUUUCCCACAACCAUAAGAGCCACUGGAACUCUGCUAACGAAGUCCAAGUAAAUGAAACCCGGAAACAACUGGCUAAGAUUGAAGGUCAGGAGAAGGAAGCAAACGACAAAUUAAAAGGAAUUCACGACAAUGUGGAUAGCGAAUUUAAUGCUCUAAGUGCGAAGAUUAAGAAUGUGAAGAAUAUCCAACGUCACUUAGCAAGUCUGGAGUUACAAUUGCAAGAAACGAAAAAAGCCUUAAAUCUAUCUGUGGAAGCCAAAAAAGUGAUGCCAAAAACCGAAAUCCCAUCCCAAUUUCAGAAGAUUGGCUGGAGGCAUUUUUUCAUAGAGAAGAAACACAAAGUGGAUUGGUUUGAGGCGACAAGUAUGUGCCAAAAAAUGGGUGGUCACCUGGUGACAAUCCAGAACGAAGACGAACUGGAUGCUAUCCGUACGGAACUUAAGGACACCAAUGAGGGGAGUCACGACUUCUGGCUGGACAUCAACGAUAUUGCCAAAUGGGGCGAAUUCGUUUCUUUAGCCACAGGAAUGAAUCCACCCUUCUUCAAAUGGCAUAAACUUAGGCCUCAGGUGCAAAUUCAUCAGCGCUGUGUUCACUUACGUGGAGGAGAAAUGAUGGAUGGAAAGUGCAGCGAACAGUUUCUUUUUAUUUGCCAGCUUUCAGUAAAUUAAAAGAUUUAACAAUGUACAAAAUUAAUGCAGAUUUCUUAAAAGCGAGUUGAAAUCUUACUGUUUAUUAUAAGAUGUGUAAAAAAAUACUUCAAUUUUUCUGCAUAAAAUACGAUCGUUCCGGUGUGUUACCUGUGUACGAGGUGUGAAAAAUUAGUCGACGAGAAAAGGAAAAAUUAAAAAUAAUUUAAGAAUCAGUUCGUUAUACUUACUCAACAUGUUCGAUUGUGCGACCUAUUUCUUGUUCGUGUUUGUUUCCUACGGUUCUUACAGCGUUUUUGCUGAAAACGAUAUUCUUCAGCAUCCCAUAAUUUCGUCGUACGAUCGACUUAAAGAACUUGGUGAAAUGUGUCUUGUCGACAUAUUACCAAUCCUUGAGAACAUUGCAGAGCAGCAAAAGGAGGGGAACACUGCAAAUUCCCGAAUAUUCGACGAAACGCAGGGAAUUCUAGACAGGAUAGAAGGACACCAAGAAGUCAAUGAUAAGCAAUUGAAAGAGUUAAAGGUUAAAAUGGAAGGCCAUUUCAUGGACCUGCAUGCGAAGAUGGAUCUAAAGGUCAAAAAAUUAUCUUUAGAAAAAUCCUUACGGAAGGCACUGAAUGCUCUCCAGUGUUCACUGGAUACCAGAAAUGUUUCGUCUAAGGUAUCACUCCAUCCAGGAUUUGAGAAAGUGGGUUCAAGGUUCUUUUACAUCGAGAGGCACGUUAAGCUGAAUUGGUUUGAGGCAACGAGAAAAUGUCGCGCGAUGGGCGGUCAUUUGGCGUCGCCACAAAACGAGGGCGAACUGCACCUUAUCAGUCAGAAACUUGGUACCGAGUCCUAUUGGCUCGAUUUAUCCGAUCUAACCGAUCACGGCCAUUACAUUUCGUUGGUUUCCGGGAGCAAAGCACCAUUUUUGAAAUGGAACAAAGGCCAGCCAAACAGGGAUAAUGCGCAAUGCGUUUGUGUAAAAGGCGGACUAUAUCAGACUUUUCAAUGUCACGACCGAGUGUUGUUCAUUUGCCAAGCCAACCAGAAUCCAAAAAAGGAAGAAAAAAUAAAACACAAUCAGGAGGAGCUACAAAAAAUAGAAAUGGAAAAGGAAAAAGAAAGGG